GGGACCCAUGGGGGUUAUAAAAGAUUAGCCCCCUAGCAAAAACCACCGUCAGUAGUACGAAUCGGUCAGUCAGUGAUGUUACGUUCCGUGUUUGUGAUAAUCUGCCUAGCGGUGGGCUUUGUAGCGGCUGCAUCGACGCCCGACAAACGGAUUGUUGGGGGUAUUCCGGCCGAAUCUGGAGAUGCACCGUGGAUGGUUUCGAUGCGAAACUCGUUCAACAUCCACUUCUGUGGAGGAACACUUUUAAAUAGACGGUUCGUACUGACGGCGGCCACUUGCAUGCAGGGACGGUUGUCCAGCACGACCAUGGCUGUCGUGGGAUCCAGAUUCCUGAACACGGCCGCAGCGCCCUACUACGGAUUGCAGACGAUCACCCAUCCGCAGUUCAACCAAAACACGUUGGAGUUUAACGUGGCCUUAUUCCAGACGGCUUUGAACAUUGUGUUCACCAAUAUUGUGCAGCCGAUUCAGUUGGAACCGGGCUUUAUUUCAGCAGGAUCGCGAGCCCGAAUGUUCGGUUGGGGUGCCACUGCAAAUGGGGGAGGAAAUUCGAACGCUCUCAAUUUCGUCAAUCUGAACGUGAUUGAUAACGACAUCUGCCGGAGUGUGCUGGGUGCCAAUGGAAUGCGAGUUGGAACUUCGUCCAUGUGCACACAGAAUCGUGAGGGGCAAGGACUGUGCACCAAUGAUGCAGGGGGCGCCUUAGUUUUGGAUAACUUAGCUAUCGGAGUCGCGUCUUGGAAGAUACCGUGCGCCACAGGCAACCCCGACGUCUUUGUUCGCAUUUCAGCGAUUCGCGAUUGGAUUGUUAGCAUUAUCUAAAUAGAAUGACGAUUUCGCAGGAUAAAAACCGAUAUGU